AUGGUGCCUCCGGUAGGAAUCAUAAUCACGGUUACUGUUCUGGUGGCCGCUGGUGUUGCUGCAUACGAGAACCCUCAAGUGCGAGCAUGGGUCGACCGAACCAGGCGCAAGAUUGCCACAGGCCUACACUCCCUCGGCGACGAGAUCCACUCAAGCCCCAGUCGUCCGCGGAGGCCAAGUGCCAACGAUGCCUCAAUGAAUGAGGACAAAAGUGAAUUGGCAGAUGAACGCAGGCGCCAGGCUAUCGCCGAGAUCAUGGAACGUGGCCGCAUAAUAGAAGAGAGGAGAAAGAGGAGGCGAACGUCUAGCAAAGACCAAACACCUACAGCGAGUUUUGACAACAUCGUCGAUGCCAAUGGAAUACUUCUACACGACCGGGAAAACUGUGGAACUGAGCCCGCAGCUCGCUCGUCUGCCAUUGAUCCUCAAACACAUACGAUUGGCAUGAAGCAGAGACAGAUACCCCAGCAAACGGCAGAAGUUUCUACAGGACUGCAUCAGACAGCCUCCAGGUCUCAUGCUCAGGCGCAGCUGACGCCGCCACCUAUUGAUGAGGACGACACGGACCCCUUCGAGUCGAGGUAUGAGCAGGAAAUGCGUGAGGCUUGGAAGAUCCCGGUGUCUGCUAGACGGCUCGAUAUUCCAUCUAGUCAUGCGUCCGAGAGCUUGAUCGACCUGACUCCAACUACCGAAGAGGCUCCUGAUCCAGACUUUUCUGUGCCAUCUGCCGAAGAUCUCCGUCGCCCGAUGGAUCGUUCCGGAUACUUUCCUUCAUUGGCGGCGAACUCAGCAUACACUUCUUGGGACCACGAUUGGCAGCCUCCAGUGCCGGGCAACAGCCAUGCUGAUCAACCUACUACAACGUCAGGUCGGCCACUCAGCAACGAUGCUGCCUCGGCCCUGUCCGCUUCGAGUCUUGCAGGGAGUAUGAGCAGCAUCCAUCGAAGUGAAGUGGAAGAGCUCUCAGACGAUCUACUUAGCGAAGCAGGAGAUGGCAUACGGACUCCUGCUAGCGUGUGGACUGAAGUUGAUAGUACAGUCAGCGGUGACUUCAAUUUGUGA